ACACAUGGUGACAUAUCGCUAUCGCCCACCGCACAUGUGAGCUGCUCAUUUCAGUUCAGUUCAGUUCAGUUGAGUUGCUUUGCGUUGUGUUGAGUUGAGUUGGGCGAGAGCAUUAUGAAAUUCCGUGAUAUGGUGCUCUGGUAAUGCCCAUGCCCCAACAACCAGAACCAGAACCACAGCCAGAGAAAAAGGCACGCAGGCAGAAUCGGGGCGAUAGACGAAGUCCGGCAGAAACGGCGGCGACCAGAUGAUUGCCGUGUGUAGUAUGUGCAUAGUAUAUGGGUAGUCCGUAGUCCGCUGCUCGGGCACAUUCACCAAUUGCCGGCGAUGGCGGACGGACGCACAGUGGAAAACGGAGGAGGAGGAGGAGCACAAGGAGGCGGAGGAGGAGGAGCAACAUCGCCCAGAUACGCGAUCCUCGACUGCGAUGGUGGGAGCGACGAUGCCUGGGCCCUGCUCCUGCUCCUGCACGCGGCCAAGAGCCAUGGGAUCCAUCUGCUGGCCAUCACCACGAUGGGAUGCGGCAACACCAGCAGGGAGAACGCUGCCCGCAAUAUGCGACGGAUUCUGGAUGCCUGCAAGCGCACAGACAUUCCCAUUUACCUCGGUGCUGUAGAUGCCCUCAUUCCCUCGCUGGAGGAUGAAAAGAAGUAUUUCCAUGGCCGCGACGGAUUCGGUGAUUGUCUCACCGACGACUGCGUCAAGUUGGAGGACAUCGUGCAGCCGGAGCACGCGGUGACCGCCAUCCAUGAUCUCUGCCGUUCCAGGCCCAAACAGAUCACAGUAUUUGCCGUCGGCCCGCUAACGAAUCUGGCUUUGGGCUAUACGAUGUACGGCACGGAGUUUGGUGAGAAUUUCCGCGAUCUGUUCAUCAUGGGUGGCAACUACCAGGGCGUGGGCAACUCCUCGCGUUCGGCGGAGUUCAACUUUCACUCGGAUCCGGAGGCGGCGCACACGGUGCUGCUGAGGACCCGCUGCCCCAUCACCAUCCUGCCGUGGGAGGCCUGUCUCCCGGAGCGAUUCAAUAUACACAUUAAUUGGCGCCUAAAGGAGUUUGCUGCGCGGGCCAAGGACGCCGGUCAUCCGGCGAUUACCAUGUUGAACCAGGUGGAGGCAGCCCAGUGGCUGCCGAUGAUCGAGCAGUACGGCAUCGAUACGUGGAACCCCUGCGACGCCAUCGCUGUGGCCGUCUGGCUGUUCGAGGAUCACUUGACACGGCGGCACAACACGUGGCAUGCCACCGUCGAUCUGCGUGGCACCCACACCCGUGGCCAGAUGGUGCUCGAUCAUCUGCGGGAGCGGGAGAAGUAUCCGGAGAACGUGCGCAUCAUCGAGCUGGUGGACGCCGAGUUCUUUAAGCGCAUCUGCGAAUGGAUUGCCGGCUUGGAUGACGGCUCUCUACUCCGCGACACUCAAUAAACCCAUAUCUGUAGUAA